AUCAUUUAUCGUCGGCCAGCGACGGCGAUCGUUUUAUGGCGUCGACCUGUUGAUCACCUCCCCACAACCCCCUUUCACCAGUGUCUUUUUUGAUGUAGUACACUCUGUACAACUUUUUUUGGCAACGCAAAUCGGUGCAAAAAACCUUUUGUGUCAAAACGUGUGCGUGUGUUUUCCGUUUCUCGAUUUUCGGGGCACUUCGACAAAAUUCCAAAGUGCCCAGCGCGAUUAGGUGACUCUUGUUCGAGCUCAUUAAAGCGCAAUUAAGAGGUAGCCAAAAGGAGGACAAGGCGAGCCAAUGCCAAAAUGGCAAGUGAAAUAACUAACGGUAAAAACGGACAAAACGUUAAAAACGGACAAAAAGAGGAGUCCGAUUCUCAGAUUGCGCCAACCAUUCCGUAUCCCAAGUCGGUGGCCUUCAUCAUCAGCAAUGAGUUCUGCGAGCGAUUCAACUACUAUGGCAUGCGCACCAUCCUGGUGCUGUACCUCACCAACAAGCUGGGCUACAAUGAGGAGACGGCAACCGUACUGUUUCACACGUUCACCAUGCUGGUCUACAUCUUCCCCCUGAUCGGAGCUCUUAUCGCCGAUGGCUGGCUGGGAAAGUACAAGACUAUAUUAUAUCUAUCGCUGGUGUACAGCCUAGGGGCUAUGGUGGUAUCCUUUGGUGCCGUUCCGCUAUCGGGGAUGCCAACUAAAGCUGUGACCGUUGUGGGACUCCUACUAAUUGCGAUCGGGACCGGUGGAAUCAAGCCAUGCGUUUCCGCCUUUGGGGGCGACCAGUUCUCGCUGCCCGCGCAAAGUCUCCAGCUGGCAAAGUUCUUCUCGCUAUUCUACUUUGCCAUUAACGCAGGAUCUCUGAUUUCGACCACGUUCACCCCGAUCUUGAGGGCAGACGUCCAUUGUUUCGGCGAUCAGGAUUGCUUCUCGCUGGCCUUUGGCGUGCCCGCCAUCUUGAUGAUCAUUUCGGUGGUAAUCUUCAUGGCCGGCAAGCGGUUGUAUAGGUGUCAGCCACCUGCUGGCAACAUGAUCUUCGGGGUGUCGCGUUGCAUUGCGGAUGCGUUCAAGGGAUGGCAAAAGCGCAGGCACUCGGAGCCAAUGGAGAGCUUUCUGGACUAUGCCAAGCCGACGGUGGGGUCGCGAAUGGUGCAGGAGACCAAGUGCCUGGGUAGAAUCCUACGACUCUUUCUGCCCUUCCCCGUCUUCUGGGCCCUCUUUGAUCAGCAGGGCUCGCGAUGGACCUUCCAGGCCACACGAAUGGACGGCAAUGUGUUUGGUUUUCAGAUAAAGCCCGAUCAGAUGCAGGUGGUCAAUCCCCUGCUCAUCCUCGGGUUUCUGCCACUAUUCGACUAUAUCAUUUACCCUGUUCUGGCACGCUGUGGAAUAAGGAGACCACUGCAGAAGCUAACCUUAGGCCUUCUCCUGGCAGCCUUAGGAUUUUUCCUCUCAGCGGGUCUUGAGAUGAAGAUGGAGCAGGCUGCCUACAGAGCCAUGCCCACAGAGCCCGAUAUGGCCCACCUGCGAAUAUACAAUGGCAUGCCCUGUCGCUAUGAAAUCUCGAGUGCUGUGGUUCAAACUUCUCGCUUUAUCGAACCUCUGAAUGUGUGGGAGGAUCUUUCACUCCAGAUGCCCGAGUCCAAAGAAUACACUUUUAAUGCUCAGCCCGUAUCCGGAGAGUGCCCUUCCAUCACCGGCAAGUUGCGUUUGCAACCAGGAAAGUCAGUGAGUUACUUCCUAGCUCAGGACAAGCUCGUCGAGUUUGCCGAUGGAUUACAAAUGUCCGCCACUGACACUGGUCGCAGUUCAGUGAGAGCUCUGUUAAACACGCCAGACGACGAGGGACCCGUUCUUCUAUCAACUGAGUCAGCCACAUCCCAGGAGCCACCGCUUACCCUGAACAAAGGCAAUCUGCCGCAGCUCCACAGGAUCACGCCUGGCUUCGCUCGGGUAGACAUCAAUGGCACACAGGUGGCCAGCUUCGAGGCCAAAGAAGGUGCACUCUACAGCCUUCUGGUGACGGGAAGUGCCCGCGAUGGUUACCAAAACAACGUGGUCGAGGUGGUUGCCCCCAAUACCGUAUCUAUUCUGUGGCAGCUGCCCCAAAUUGUCGUGAUGACCGCAGCUGAGGUGAUGUUCUCCGUGACGGGCUUGGAGUUCUCCUACUCACAGUCGCCGCCCAGUAUGAAGAGUGUUCUUCAGGCUUGUUGGCUGCUCUCGGUGGCCAUUGGCAACAUGCUUGUCGUGGUGAUUGCCGAAUUCAAAUUCACCAGCUCGCAAUCCGGAGAGUUCACCCUGUUCGCCAGCCUCAUGCUGGUGGACAUGAUGAUCUUCUUGUGGCUAGCCCGCAGCUACCAGUACAAGGAUCAGCGCGAGGACUUCGAGGACGACGACGAUGCGACAAUCGAUAGUGGUAUGCAGUCGAAGCCCAAGAACACUACAGUGGAUACAACCUCAAGGAAAACAAGCGGCAUUAAGGCGGAACCGGGAUACGGAGCCUACCGCAAUCACGCCUACGACAACGAUUUCUCGGAGGCCUAGAUGCCCGAUUUUCGUACUUAAAGUCCAUACCCACAUCAAGAGCGUCGCCCGCAUUCGCAUUUAGUCGUAGUCGUAGCCUUUUAUUUAUUUUAUUUGUUCGCAUUUAUUUAUGUAUGUAGUUUGCUGUAAAUAUCUUCGUUUGUACGAGUAUUCUGUAGAUGCAUUUUUUACCCAAUUGUUUUGUAAAUACAUUUUAUACGUUUUAUUACAUAUGUUUGGCA